AUGGCCGAGUAAGUAUUCGUGAUCUAAUUUGAUCCAAUUUUCAGGGAAAUGGGCGUGGAAAAGCCAGGGCAUUCCCUCUUUUCCCGGGUUGGAUCAGCUGUCUUCUUUGGCCUAACCUCGGUGCUGAUCGUUUUUGUUAACAAGAUCUUGUUGACCAAUCUCAAGUAAGCUUUUUUUUGAUUAUUAUUAUUCGUGUUUAGGCGAUAAGCUUGUAUAUUUCUAGACGUGCCAAUUGAUGUUAUAGUUGGCCUUUUGAUUUAAUAAUUUCUUUCAGGUUUCCUUCGUUCCUCUAUGUUGGGUUGGGACAGAUGGCAGCCACCGUGCUGGUGUUAUUCACGGCUCAAAAAUGUAAUAUUGUUGAUUUUCCGAGAUGCGACAACUCAAUUCCACGAAGGAUUUUCCCAUUGCCAUUGAUAUAUUUCGUUAAUUUGGUCUCAGGUCUUGGCUCCACACAGAAAUUGAAGUAAUAAUUAGUUUUAAUAGAUGUUUUUGAUGUGUAGCUUGUCCUAACGCCAACAAUUAUUUCAGUUUGCCCAUGUUCACUGUUCUUCGGCGAUUUUCCAUCUUCUUGACUAUGGUUUUUGAGUAUCUAUUGUUGGGGUAAGAUCUUCUGAAUGUCUUGUUUUCCCUGGCGCCAUGAUAUUUUUAUCUUAUGAAUGAGUAUAUGAAGGUGUUUUUUAGUGUGAAUGUUCCAUUUGCCACCAAAGUCAGUGUGUUUUUGAUGAUCUUUGGCUCUUUUAUUGCAGCCAUGUAAGUUCAAUCCCUCAUUAGUACUUUAAAAUUCACGUUCGUGGUGUUUAAUGUCUUUUGUUUAGAUACGACCUCUCUUUCGACGCCUAUGGGUACUUCCUGAUCUUGAUUAAUGACAUUUUCACCGCAGCCAAUGGAGUCUACAUGAAAAAGAAGCUGGAUUCGAAAGAUCUCGGGAAGUGGGGUCUUCUCUACUACAAUUCCUUGUUCAUGAUUGUCCCAGCGACACUUCUCGCCUUCUACACCGAAGAUACCGAGAAAGUGAGGGCCUAUGUGGAGGCCGGGAAUAUGACUACAUCAGUUGUGCUGUGCUUCCUUUUGUCAUCGAUCUGUGGCUUCGUUCUCAACUACUCGUUAGUACUGUGUACUCAUUACAACUCCGCGUUGACGACGACUUGUGUCGGACCCAUCAAGGUGAGAUAUUUAUAUUUUACUUUGAUUACAUCAGAAGAAUGGUGAUGUAAUUCAAUUUCUAAUGGUUAUCGUUUCAGAAUCUGGUCGUAACAUACGCUGGUAUGGUCUCGAGUGGUGAUUACGUCUUCCAAUGGGCCAAUUUCGUCGGUGUCAACAUCAGUGUCCUCGGUUCGGUCUUAUAUACAUACGUCACAUUCCGAACAAAGUCUGUCGCCAAACGAGAAAUCACAAUUAAACCCACUUCCCCGAAGGACACACAGCGAUUGUUAGGUUAA